AUGGAGAAACAAGUCGAUACUAUCCCAAGCCAACCCAAUGAGCCUUCCAUUAACUGGGAGAAGGAGGUCAGCUUAAUCGAUCCACCUGCUACUACAGCUAGCCAUCUGACCCAAGCUCAGAAUCCCAAGGAUCAAACCCAUGCCGCAGAUCUGAGUCGCUUUGUGCGCCACCCAUGGGGCUUUAUUGACUUCUAUCUGUAUCUCGCUGCAGCGGAAAAGGGUCGAGGCUUGGAUAAACGGAUCAAUGAAUGCCGGAUAAUCGAGGAUGACCUCCGUCGGGUUAAUUUCAAUGACCUGCGCGAUGCCGCCUCACAACAAACCCCCUCAGGCACCGAGCCCCAUGUGAUCUUUGUCAGUCUGCCUGUCCCCAAUUUCUCACAUACCUUCUCCAACCGACAGCUUGUGCUGGGGUUCGACUUCAAGACAUUUCACCUCCUAGGCUUCCUGUUCGAGUCCGCUCCUGAUACCGACGAUGCCCUCUGGGAUGUAUGGGACGACGGCCAGCUCAUUAUCGACAUGCCCACCAGCCGAUUCUUGGAGAUUCUGGCUUACACCAUGCUCGAACGCCCUGAGAUCCUCCAGAUCGGGAUUCUGCGGUAUUUCCGUGAGACGAGCCGCCAGUUCCAGGCCGGCAUGGACAUGACCAUCAUCAUCCAAUUUAUCCAGUUUCUGGACGACUUCGCUGAUCUGGUGUGGCAGGACGGCGAUGAAUUCCGCACCGAGUACCGACACCACGAGGAGGAACUCCGCCGCCUUCUCCAGCGGGCAUCCUACGAGGCCUGGUUUGGGUCCCGCAAGGGAUUGAGCGUGCAGCAGUAUCGCCGCCAAAAGCUGCAUGAUUUUGUUUCGUCGGGUCUGCUUUAUGACCAGCAGCCUGUGCCUGUGCCCACCAUUGAUUGCCCACAGCUCCCCACUAAAUCCGAGCAUCCUGUCUGCCCUGCGUCUCGUCACUUGAAGGCCAUCCUGAGGGCUCGAUUCCACAAGUUCUACAUCGUGGUGGUUAUUUUGUGUUUGUUUUCUGUGCUUUACCGGCAGUUGAUGAUGUACAGCCAACGGCCCCUUGAGUAG